AUGAUUGGAGGGCAUGACAUCAUCGUGGAGAUAGAUGAGUCGAAAUUUGCCAAACGAAAAUACCACAAAGGGAGACGAGUAAAGGGAAGUUGGGUGCUCGGAAUGGUGGAGAGAACACAACAAAGAAGGAUGGUGCUCCUGGUUGUUCCAGACCGAACAAGGAAGACUCUGGAGCACGCAAUCAUGACAUUUGUCCACCCAGGAUCGACAAUUCACACGGACAUGUGGAAGGGAUACUUAUCCCUGGAACGACUAGGGUACGACCACAAAACACUCUGUCACAAGUACGAAUUUGUUUCCAAGGAAGGAACACACACCCAGACCAUCGAAGGGAACUGGACACCUCUUAAGCGGGCGAUCCCGGUUCAGUGUCGGACUGGGGUAGACCUUCAGGAGUACCUGUUCCAGUUUAUGUGGCGCAGGAAGAACGAGGGAAACGAGUGGGAGGCAAUGUGGGAGGGCUUCUGCAGGGUACGGCUGACGGUACAUGAAAUAGAGAGGAUGGAGGAAGAACGAGAAAGAACUUGUGAAGACGAGGACGAUGACUACCUCCCGAUUGAGGAUUCCGAAGAAGCCGAGAAGAUGGAGCAGAAGGCAGAAGACGACAACGACUACGAGGACUUUGUGGAUCUUUUCGGAGACUUGGACUUGACUCCAGUGUCGGAGGGUGGACGCAUGGUGGAGGAGGAACGUACGGCUACCGAGGAGGACGAAGAACGGCUACAUGAAGACUUGGCAUACGAAGUAAUUGGGGAGAUGUUGGCAGGUGGUGAGAUCGACAGGUCCAUUUUUUUUCAUGAGGGGCAACAGCGAGCAACUAUUUAG